AUGGAUUCCACUGAGAUUCACCAAACCACCGUCGUGGACGAGCCCAUGACUGAUGCCUUCAACGACAACCUUGCCGAUCAGGGUGACUUGGAAGCCCCGCUUAAGACUGAAGAGGAGUACUCUGUCUCUGAGCUCACUCUGCGUGCUAUCGUCUCUUCCAAGGAGGCCGGUGUGAUCAUCGGAAAGGCCGGAAAGAAUGUUGCCGACCUGCGCGAUGAGACCGGUGUCAAGGCCGGCGUGAGCAAGGUAGUUCCGGGUGUCCAUGACCGUGUCCUGACAGUCACCGGUCAACUGCGCUCGCUCGCUCGGGCCUAUGCGAUCGUGGCCAAGGGUCUCCUGGAAGGUGCCCCGCAGAUGGGCAUGGGCGGUAUUGUCUCUAACAACGGAACCCACCCCAUUCGCCUUCUGAUCUCCCACAACCAGAUGGGUACCAUCAUCGGACGCCAGGGUCUGAAGAUCAAGCACAUCCAGGAUGCGUCGGGUGUCCGCAUGGUCGCACAGAAGGAAAUGCUCCCCCAGUCCACAGAGCGCAUUGUUGAGGUCCAGGGUACACCCGAUGGCAUCGAGAAGGCCGUCUGGGAAAUCGGCAAGUGCCUGCUUGACGACUGGCAGCGCGGAACCGGUACCGUCCUUUACAACCCCGCUGUUCGCGCUUCUCUCAGCGGCUCCCAGCCGAUCAGCAACAACCCCGCCCCCGGAAACGGUUACCCAACCAACAACAGCCGCCAGUACAACCGAACUGGCAACGGCGCCGACUUCAGCGAUGGAAGCUACAACCGCCGAUCCAACUCCGAUGCCGGCUCUCGUGGCUACCCCCUCGUAACGGAAGAUGGUGAAGAGGUUCAGACCCAGAACAUCAGCAUCCCUGCGGAUAUGGUCGGCUGCAUCAUCGGCCGGGGCGGAACUAAGAUUACGGAGAUCCGUCGAAGCUCUGGUGCUCGGAUUUCCAUCGCGAAGGCGCCUCAUGACGAGACCGGUGAGCGCAUGUUCACUAUCAUGGGCAGUGCCCAGGCCAACGAAAAGGCCUUGUACCUCCUUUACGAGAACCUCGAAGCCGAGAAGACCCGCCGCAGCCAACUCCCCCAGGAGUAA